UAACAUAAAAGAAAAUACAAAAUAAAGAAAAUAUAAAAGAAAAAAGUAAAUAUACAUUUUUCAUCUAAACUGAAUAAUAAAAGUGUUACUCUCAAGAAAAAUUAAUUGCAAAAAACGCAGAAAAUUGCAAAAACACUGAACAAAUAGUAUUUGACCUCAUAAUCGAUAAACAAAAUACAAAACUUAUCACAAAAAUAGAAUAGUCACGUCAAAAAAGAGAAACAAAUUAAAAUAAGUGAAGAUAAAAAACUAAGAAAAAAAACACCAUGAAUUUGGUGGACCACAAUCCGUACGGCAAUGGUUUGCUGUAUGUGGGCUUUAAUCAAGAUCAAGGUUGUUUUGCCUGUGCCACAGAUUCGGGGUUUCGUGUUUUCAACAGCGAUCCUUUAAAGGAAAAAGAACGUCAAUACUAUCCCGAGGGUGGCUUAAGUUAUGUGGAAAUGUUAUUUCGCUGCAAUUAUUUGGCCGUUGUUGGUGGCGGUAUACGACCCUUGUAUCCUCCCAACAAGCUUAUCAUAUGGGAUGAUUUGAAAAAAGCACCAGCCAUCUCCUUGGAUUUUAAUCAACCCGUUAAAGCAGUUCGUCUUAGACGAGACCGUAUUGUUGUUGUUUUUGCUGGCUUCAUAAAGGUAUUCACCUUUACACAACAACCGCGACAAUUGCAUGUCUUUGAAACCAAUGCUAACCCUCAUGGUCUAUGUGUUUUGUGUCCUCAUAGCAAUAAAAGUUUAUUGGCAUUCCCAGCACGUCGUACUGGUCAUGUGCAGAUAGUGGACUUAGGCAACACAGAACGUGCCCCCCUUGAGGUGGUAGCACAUGAAGCCAAUAUUUGUUGUAUUGCAUUCAAUCUACAAGGUACACGAUUGGCAACAGCCAGCGAAAAAGGUACCUUAAUUCGAAUCUUUGAUACCGAAACGGGUAAAAAGAUCAACGAACUCCGACGUGGCAGCAAUCAAGCAACUAUAUAUUGUAUAAAUUUUAAUCAUACAUCUACCAUGCUGGUAGUUUCUUCGGAUCACGGUACUAUACACGUAUUCAAUUUGGAUGAUAAUAAAUCCAAGGAAUCCUCAUUACCAAUUGUACCAAAAUAUUUUUCCAGUCAAUGGAGCUUUGUUAAAUUCUCCAUACCAAAGGAACCACCUUGCAUUUGUGCAUUUGGUUCAGAUCCUAACUCUGUUAUAGCAAUUUGUGCUGAUGGCCAUUAUUAUAAAUUCCUGUUCAAUAGCAAAGGUGAAUGUAGCCGAGACGUUUGUACUCAAUUCUUGGAAUUAACUGACGAUGACUAAGAAGUGUUUAACAAUUUUUAAAAUGGAAACAUAAACUCCCUUCUUUAUUGAGUAGUACUAAAUAAUUUUUGACUUUAUUUGUGAUCGUCGUAUUUUCAAUAUUAUCAUUUAUAUAUAUAUAAUUUUUUUCUUUAUCCUAAUAUUACCAUUUUAAAGAGAAAAACUACAGUUUAAGAUAUGAAAAAAGUAAUGUUUUAAAAAAGAGAAAACAUAAAAAUUACACGUUAAAAUUGCUUUAUAUAUAUGAAUAACUAAAAUUACAUUUAAUUAAAAAAUAUAUACACAUACAUAUAUAAAUUAGUGCAAAAAAAAACUGUAUUUGAUUGUGGCAUUAUAAAUGGCCAAAGACAUUUACGGAUUUAUAAAAUUGUUUUUAUCAAUAUUGCUCUAUUAUUAUUACAAUAUCAUUCAUAUCAAGAAAAGUGACAUGAAACAGGUAAAUGGAGCAGUUUUUUAAUCAAUAUAUGAAUGAUUAAAAAUAAAGAUUAAUUGAUGACUUAAA